AUGAGCGCUCGAGAAUUAUACCUUCUGCCGGAUCAUCCCUACCAGCAGCAGUAUCAACAACACAUUACCAUCCUUUCAGAUUCUACUAGUCUAAUGGAUCUCCCUGCCCCAGAACUUCGAAACGGCGAACCUGCAGAUUUCGACUCUAGCAACCAACCCAUUCAUGCGCCUCCUCGAACGCUAUCCCCAAUCUCCUCGAACGCGAUGAAUACUUUGAAUGGGAAUAGUACACCAUCGGCACUUUCGAAAAGUAACUCGUCUAAUACCAUCCGCUCAGUUCCGUCAGAGAGUCUUCAUCUUGACAUCACCUCUGCAGAUGAGGUGCGGCGAGUUCAAAAAAGCGAUCCAACAGCGAUGCCUCACGCCACGAGAACCUCACCUCAAGCCUCUAUACCGCAUUCACAGCCGCCCCUCUCACGGCAUAACCCGAACCUGGGAGUUGGGAACGGCUUGGUACGGAAGAUAUCGUCUGAAUUUGGGCCAACACGAUCAUAUACUACCAGCAACCUCCAAAUACCAGAGGAAGGGUCUCCAAACACGAACGGGAAUUUAGCAUCGCCAGGAGGGCAAUGGAGUUCCGCCGUUGGUCGUGCUAACCUGGGAAAGUCGGGCAGAGUCAUUGAGAGGCUUAUGGGUGAGAACGACAUGUUGAAACGAGACCUCAAUCUGGAGCGGCUCAGGGCGGAGGAGUCGAAACAAGCAGUUAGGAUGGCGGAAGGGAAGAUGGAAGCCCUUGCCGCAGAAUACGAUGGGAAACUACACGAUGCCGCUAUCAAUAAAACGCUGCUCAAGCGAAGGGAACGACAAGUUGCGGAGAUGAAGGCACAGAUUGAGGCCGAGAAGAAUCGGGCCGACAAAGCAAUAGAACGUGAAAAGGGGUGGAGGGAAGCCAUGGAGAAGAUCGAGGGGGAGAGUAAGAGGAGUGUGGAAGAGGCACAGACCUUUGCAGCGCUGAUGAAAGGCCGGAAUGAUGCCAUGACAAGCCAUUGGAGGGACCAAGGAGUUGAAGUCAAUAGAACGGUUGCUAAGCUCGGCACAGAGAUCAACAAUAUUGUGCAAGAAAGGAGAGCCGAUGACGACCGGAUGAAUAUGUUGCAAGAGCUAUGUGACCAGCAAGCAGAGCAAUUGACUGCUCUGCAAGCAGAGAAAGAUGGGAUAGCGAGCGCCUUUGACAGAUACAAAAUUGUGCAAGAAGACUCUCUCAAAAAUAUCAAAGAGCGAGCGCGAGCUCAAGAGCAAGCCAAUGAAGCAGCUUUGCUAGAAACGCAGAAGGUUCUUGGGGAACUGAAAUGGGCUCUGGGAGUGAAGAAAAACGUCAAAGGGGCCGAAUAA